AUGGCAUUCCACCAAUUGGUCGAGCAAUCCAGACUGUGCUCGACGGAGACGCGCGAUCCGGAAACACCUCGCCCACCGCAGGGCCGAGCCGCUUCUAGUACGCAUUUCCGUAUCGCAGACAACUCCGCAGCUUCGUCGCUCAACGCCUGUUCUUCUUGCGGCGAUAAAACGCCACCCAAUCGCUCCGAGGCGCGCAUAUGCAUUUGUUUCACCGAUAACCUGGUGCCAAAACCGAGACCGGAAUUGGGUAUGGGAUUCUCGGCGUCUGCAUUUUGA